AGUUGGAUAAAAGCUCGAUACAUUAUCUUUAAAGAAAAAAUUUCCUCCCCAAAGCAAACCAAACACACAUUUCGAAAGCAGUUCCUACUUCUUUUCUGAGGAGGUAGCAUCAUCAGACUUUUUAACUAUUAGAGUUCUCUGAACCGUUCCCCAGCCUAUACGUACCAGUACAGACACUGUUUUAUUACCUUGCUUUCUUACCCUGCCAUGUUGACCAGCAACACCCGUCGCGGCCUGGGGCCUUUUGGUGCCACCAAGCCUACUGGAGUGCAGAUGAACCACAAGGACCUGCGCAGUGUGCGCGAGGUGACGCUGGACCACUUUGAUGCGGAAUACCUGUAUCUCCGUGAGAACGAGCUGGUCAGCUUCGACUGUCAAUCUAAGAUGGACUACCUCCGCGUUCUGGAUCUUUCCAUCAACGAGAUCAGCGGGGCGGUGGACUUCCUCAAGUACACACCGCACCUGCACCACCUCUACAUGACAGGAAACAAAAUCGACACCCUUGUCGGCAUCAGCAACUUCGCCGCGAUCGAAACGCUGUGCCUAAGCGACAACUCCAUCAGCUCCUUCACCGGGCUGGAAAACUUGCCAAACCUUCGCGUGCUGUCGCUGAACUUCAACAACAUUACGAGCUUCGAGAACUACCCCGCGCUGCCGAACCUGCACACGCUGAACCUUGUCGGUAACCCGAUCACCGAUGCCCCGCGCUACCGGCCGAUGGCGAUCGCGGUGAACGGUCUCAACCUGGUGUCCGUUGACGGUAACCGGAUUCAGGAGGACGAGCGCGCUGAGGCGGAUAAGUUCAAGGGUAAGGUGGCCUACUGCGUGCGCGAGGGAUUUAUGGUGGAGGGCGAGCAGCCGGAGGUGGCUGCGGCAGCCUUUAUGGUGAAGAUGCAGCGUGCCCGUCAGGAGGCGAAGUACCUGCAGCUGUGCUCCAUCAACCUUGUCCCGGCGUCUGAGGACGGUGAGAUCAUGGAGGGCGAGCCGGUGAUGCUCUCUCUCUGCAUGCAAGAUGUCCGCCCGUAUGCGCAGCGCACGACGGAGGUGUUUCAGUCCAGCUACCUCUACCCCGUCAUCUUCAAGGUCUCCGGCGAGGCGGCGGAGGUCUUCGUCGUCGGCUCCAUGAACAACUGGACGGAGCCGAUCAGCCUUGAGCGCUGCGUCGAGGGGGACGAGGUGUACUUCCACACGACGCUCUACCUUCCUGCCGGAGACUACGAGUACCGUUACAUCGUGGACGGCGUGGAGAAGGUUUCGGAGGCGAACAGCAUGCCCUCCAAGUACAAGCAAGGCUUCUGCAACAUCUACAAGGUCGCGGAGCUGGAGCCCCAGGAGGAGGAGCAGGACACCAUCCUGCACAUCCGCUGGAUGCGCAGCAACCCCAACGGGUCGUACGACGUCAUUGAGGAUGAGAACUCUCUCACCUACACGCCGGUCACCAGCGACAUUGAUUGCUGCGUGCGCGCCGAGGUGCUGGCCUACGUCGCCGGCGAGUUCUCGUUCCUGUACUUCGACAUCUCGUCGCCCAUCAAGCCGGCCCCACCGCAGUGCCCGCGCCUGGAGGUGACCGGCGUGGCGACGGAGGGCGGCCUCCUCACGGCUGAGGCGGACUACCUGGGCGGUACGGAAGGCAUUUCGGUGCUGAAGUGGUACCGCAUCUCCGCCAACGGCGAGGAGACAGAGGUGGACAUCGUGGAUCCGUGGGCGGGGUACGAGGUGACCCGCCAGGACAUCGGCUGCCGCGUUCGCGCUGAGUUCAUCCCGGUCCGCAACGAUUGGGUCGCUGGCGAGCCGAAGUCUGUGACGACGGACCCUGUCACGGCAUGCCUGCCCGAGUGUCGCUCCAUCAAGAUCAUUGGAAACCUGGUGGAGGGAAGCCAGCUGGAGGUCGACGUGGACUACCAUGGCGGCGAGGAGGGGGACAGCUUCUACCAGUGGCUGCGCAAGUCCGGCAAGAAGGACGAGUACACGCCCAUCGCAGGCGCCAACGGCACCAAGUAUGUAGUCGUCAGCGAAGACGUCGGCCAAUGCCUCGCUGUAGAGUACACCCCGGUGAAUGGGGAGGGCGUCGCUGGUGAGACAUGCCGCUGUGUCCUGGACAACCCCAUCGAGUCCUCUCCGCCUCGUGUGGAGAACUUGGCUAUCGUCGGCACGAUGGAGGAGAAGCACACGUUGUCGCUCGAGUUCGACUAUCACGGCGGGCAGAGCGGCGCGCACAUGGUUCAGUGGUACCGUCGCGAUCGCACCCGCAACCAUAUGACCAAGAUCGGCACACCAAACAGCAACUUUGUGGUGCUGACCAACAGGGAUGUGGGGUGCUCUAUCGAGGUUUCCGUGACCCCGGUGCGCCACGAUGGCGUGACGGGCAAGGUUGUGACCGCACUUCGCGAUGGUCCGGUGGAGCCGUGCGCGCCGGAAGUGAACCUGCUGAACAUUGUGGGCGAGCCGACGGUGGGCAAGGAGCUGAGCCUGCACGCGGAUUACUGCGGCGGCACAGAGGGCAAUUCGAUCGUGACGUGGGAGGCCGAAGACCCUGAGACCGAGGUGUUCAACAUUGUGGAGCGCAACGCGAAGAAGUACGUCGUGAAGGCAGCCGAUGCCGGCAAGAUGCUCAAGGUCACCUACACGCCGAUCCGCAAGGACGGCGUUGAGGGUGAGCCGAAGACGCGCAUGGUGGAGGUGGAGGCCGCGCCGCAGCCGCAGUCGCAGCGGUCUCCCCCUCCCCAGGCCGCGCCGCAGCACGUCGAUCCUGAGGUUCCUGCGCUGGCCACGCCGCCGACUUCUGCGCCGGCGGAUCCUUCCUCCGUGCCCACGUCGACGAGGUCGUCGAAGAAGCCUUCGGUGAAAUCUACGCCGAAACCAACGCCGAAGGCAGCCACGCCGAAACCAACGCCGAAGGCAGCCACGCCGAAACCAACACCGAAGGCAGCCACGCCCAAGCCAACACCGAAGGCAGCCACGCCCAAGCCGACACCGAAGGCAGACACUCCGGAGCCGACGCCGAAGUCUAUGCCUCCACCGGCGCCGGAGGAGCAGCCUCCUCAACGUGAGGGAAAUAUCCACAUUGUGCCAAAGAAGCACGACUCGGACGAGGACUCCGAUGAGCUGUAA